CAAUACACAAAUUGUACUAGCCAAUCGAUCAAAUAAGGAUUUUGCUUUAACACUUUUGGAGUAAGUAGGGAAAAAAUAUCUAAUCUACUUUUUCUGGAAUAACUAAAAACUAAUUUCAUCUCGUUGUUGUGUAGAGAAAAGAACGAUUAUGUGUUGGGAUGGAAAAAGACAUUCUUUUUUAAGACCAACAUUAUUCUAGUUAGUAAAAAAAUUAAAAAAAUAAGAAAAGCGUGUCCCACAAACACCAAACUGAAGAGUGGGUAUGUUUACAAAAAAACCCACCCCAUAUUCACUUCCUUUUCUGAGACACGAAAAGAAAUAUUUGAAUAAGAAAGAUGGAAUUUUGACGCCAAAAAGCGCGUCACGCAUGUCGGAGACGAGAGCACGUACCCACAGCUGCCUUAAAUGCCGACAAUUUAUUUUUUCCUAAGUAAUGCCGUGUCCUGACACAUACUCACACGCACCCAAUCACCAUCCACCCCUCUCUCUCUCCUCUCCCACAGUACCCGACACUUCACGCGCCGCCACCACUUUUCUUGCUGCCGGGCGCGUGGGGCACUUAAGAAAAAAAAAUUCCCUUGCCUUUUCCGUUCAUUUCUCUUUUUCAUUUUUUUGUUUUUUGUUUUUUGUUUUCAGACUCGUACUAGUAGCAGUGGCAGUCUGACACUCCCAAGCCCAUCUCUCUCUACCUCUGAAAUUUACAGCGCGGUGAAAAAACUGGGACAGAAGGUGAAAAUGACCGGUUUAACCGGGAGUAGCCGGUGGGGGUUGAGAAAACGGGAAAGUAUAUGAAGGGGGUUUGAGGGCGGACAACGCUCCUUUUGCAGGGAGCUAAGCAAAGUGUUGAGGAGAGUGUGUGAGAGGAGAGAUAACACUACAAAUUUACACCUGACACAUACACACAAACACUCUCUCUCUACUCUCUCUCUCUCUAAGCUCAGUCCUCUUUAUCUUCUUCUUCUUCUUCUUCUUUCUUCUUUUUGGGUUUUUCUUUGUGGGUUGAUUCUCUGAUUCAUUAAUUCCUGGGGGGUUUUUUCAUUUUUGGUUCCCCUUAAUUAAUUGAUAUGGAGUUCGAGGAUCAAGAGGAGCACGACGAAGAGAUGGAGAUGGCGGCGAGUUACGACUCGCUCGGAAACUCAGCGGGUGGCGUCCGGGUCAAAAUGUCGAGUUCUGGACCCGAGGGCGUGGCAGCAAUAGCGGCGGCGGCGGCGGGUUCUCAGCAGCAGCAGCAGCAGCAACAACAGCAACAGCAGCAGAGGAAGGGCGCCUCGAGGUACAGAGAGUGCCUGAAGAACCACGCGGUCGGGAUUGGAGGCCACGCGCUCGACGGCUGCGGCGAGUUCAUGCCGGCCGGUGCCGAGGGCACGCUCGACGCGCUAAAAUGCGCAGCCUGCAACUGCCACCGCAACUUCCACCGCAAGGAGGGCGACUCGGGCGGGCUCGCGCUCAUGACCCCAGACCCGUACGGGCAGCUGGUGCCGCUCCACGGGCAGCACAACCACCCGCAGUUCUCGCCGUACUACCGGACGCCAGCAGGGUACCUCCAGUUGGCGCCGCACCACAGGCCUCUGGCCCUGCCGUCGACGUCGGGAGGGGGCGGGACCCACAGCAGGGGGGAGGAGCAGGAGGACGACGUGUCGAAUCCUAGCGGAGGGGGCGGCGGCGGAGGGGAUUUGGGAAUGGGAGGGGGUUUACAUGGGACGGCGUCUUCCGGGAAGAAGAGGUUCAGGACGAAGUUUACGGCGGAGCAGAAGGAGAGGAUGUUGACUUUGGCGGAGACGCUGGGGUGGAGGAUUCAGAAGCAGGACGAGCCGGCGAUUCAGCAGUUCUGCAACGAGACUGGAGUGAAGCGUCACGUCCUCAAGGUUUGGAUGCAUAACAACAAGCACACUCUGGGGCCUUCAAAUGAUGAACCCAACCCGAGUUGAAAAGGGAUGAUGAUCUUUGGGACCUAGCUUUCAUAUUCUCUGGUCUGUUUCUUUCUGCUACCAAGUUUUUGUCUUUUACUUUUGCAGUCAUGAGUGCAGAAUAUAUAUAUAUAUAUAUAUAUAAAAUAUUAAUUGAUAUCCUUGAAUUUCUUUCUUUUUGAAAAAUUUAGAGUAUUUUAUGAGGUUGGUUACUUUGAUCCAUGUAAUCAUAUGAUGGAGCUUGUCUGGUGUAGAGGGUAGAACCCAGAUGUUUGAUAUCCCUGAUAUGAUGGGGUCACCUUGGGAAGGAAAACAAAGAGCUCAAAGUUAUUCAAUUAUUUGAUUUUGUUGUUAAAUAAUUAUUAUUA